ACAUUGUUGUUUUCUACAGCAGAUGUCAACUGAGUUACUCGUCCCAUUCUCGUCCCACGAUUCUAUCUUUCUCAGUUCUCAGUUGCUGUGCGACCGCUUCCACCAUGGAAGCUGUGCAAGGUCCUCCUCUACUUCCCGCUCCCAUAUUUGAACCGGACACCCAGAAAAUCAAACGGAAGCUUGUACAGAAGGGUGUGCUACCAACCCCCAGAAUCAUCCACAUCUUGCGCAAGAAGCAAAUCCAGAAAAACAACCGCAAACUGAAUCCUCUUUCCCAGAAAUCCCAAGCCACCCCACCCCUCUCCGACUCCCAGAAACAAGCCCUCGCCGAAGAUUCCCACUUCCAAACCCUCAAAAACGAGUACAAGGACUUCACCAAGGCGGUAAAGGCAGAGACGGGUGUGAAGACCAGGACUUUGAUGGUCGGGAAGCCGUGGGAGAGUCUGGAGAGAGCUGGGAUUAGAGAGAUUUCCAGUGAGAGUAGGGAGUACUGUGGAGAGAAGCUCAAGAGGGAGAAACUGAGUGAACUGAGGGAAUUGUUUGAAGAGCGAAAGCGUGAGGCUUUGCGGUGGGUUUUGGAUGAGGAUGUGCUCGUAAAAGAAGAGUGGUUGGAUGGUGAAAAGGGAGUGUGGGAACCUUCAAAACGGAGGCGCAGUGAGGCUGAGGAGGUUAAGUUUCUCGUUGACAGGCUAAGUGCUAGGGAGAUUACGAUGAGGGACUGGAAGUUUUCCAGGAUCAUGAAACAGUCAGAAUUGCAGUUCACUGAGUCUCAGUUGCUUAACGUUCUUGAAGGGCUUGGGAAUAAGGGCCAGUGGAAGCAAGCGUUAUCUGUUGUGGAAUGGGUGAACAAUGAUAAGGAACAUAGACGUUAUAAGAGUAGGUUUGUUUACACCAAACUCUUGGCAGUUCUUGGGAAGACACGGCAGCCCCAUGCAGCUCUUCGUAUUUUCAAUCUGAUGCGUGGAGAUGGCCGUUUGUAUCCUGACAUGGCUGCAUAUCGCAGCAUCGCUGUUACACUUGGUCAAGCUGGUCUUGUGAAAGAACUGAUAAGCAUUAUGGAAUGCAUGAGACUGAAACCUUCUAAAACAGUAAAAGCUGGGCGUAAGAACUGGGAGCCAACCCUUGAACCUGAUAUGGUUAUAUAUAAUGCGGUCUUGAAUGCUUGCGUUUCAUCGCGCCAGUGGAAGGGUGUAUCUUGGGUAUUUGAGCAGUUGAGAAUGAGUGGUCUAAAACCUAAUGGAGCUACCUAUGGACUUGCAAUGGAGGUCAUGUUGCAAUCUGAAAAGUAUGGCCUUGUCCAUGAGUACUUCAGGAAGAUGAAGAAAACUGGGGAAACUCCAAAAGCACUAACAUACAAAGUUCUUGUUAGAGCUUUUUGGGAGGAAGGUAAAGUCAAUGAAGCUGUGGACGCAGUCAGGCAUAUGGAACAAAGGGGAGUGGUUGGAGCAGCUAGUGUAUACUAUGAGCUAGCUUGCUGCCUUUGCAACAGUGGAAGGUGGCAAGAUGCUAUGGUUGAGGUUGAUAAGAUGAAAAAACUAUCUCGUACUAGACCUUUGGAGGUUACUUUUACCGGCAUGAUAAUGUCUUCCAUGGGUGGUGGGCAUAUUGCUGAUUGUAUAUCUAUUUUUGAACGCAUGAAAGCCCAUUGUGUGCCUAACAUAGGUACCAUAAACACCAUGUUGAAAGUUUACGGUAGGAGUGAUAUGUUUUCUAAAGCUAAAGAGUUGUUUGAAGAUGUUAAGAGAGCUAACUCUGAUUCUUACGCAUCCCAAAAUGGGGAUGAUACUGCACCUAUCCCAGAUGAGUACACAUAUAGCUCAAUGCUUGAGGCAUCUUCUAGUGCGAUGCAAUGGGAAUAUUUUGAGUACGUGUAUCGGGAGAUGACUCUCUCUGGGUACCAGCUAGAUCAAACUAAACAUGCAUUACUAUUUGUGGAAGCAUCAAGAGCUGGGAAGUGGUAUCUGCUUGAGCAUGCAUUUGACACUAUUUUGGAAGCUGGAGAAGUUCCUCACCCUCUAUUCUUUACUGAAAUGUUUGUUCAAGCUACAGCUCAAUGUAGUUAUGAGAGAGCUGUCACGCUGGUCAACACCAUGGCUUAUGCUCCAUUUCAAGUCAGUGAAAGGCAGUGGACAGACCUUUUUAAGAAUAAUGGGGACAGGAUUAGCGAGGAAAGUUUAGUGAAACUGUUGGAAGCUCUUGGUAAUUGUGAAGUAGCUGCAGAGGCCACUGUCUCAAACUUGUUAAAAUGUUUGCACUCUCUGUGUGGUUCUGGCACAUCGAGAGCCUUCUUAAGUUCCAAUGCAUUGGGAAAUGCGGCCUCAGAGAAAUCAUCCUUGUAUGGCUGUAAGGGUAGAUUUGAUGGUUGUAUUGGAGCAGAUAUGCCAAGCUCUUCUAGAAGCAUGAUGGAUGAAAACCUUAACCCUGGCAAGGACACCCUUGUUAAAGAUGGUGAUGUCACGUUAGAUACACAACCUGUUAAUCAUGCUACCACUAACGGAGAGGUGGAUGCUGAUUCAGAGGCAAUCUCUGGUACUCCAAAUCAAGCUUGUGGCACAGAUAGAAAAACCAACCUUGUCUCCAUAGGAAAGGGUUUUAAUGAUGAUGUAACAUCUGGUAGUGAUGCGCCUAACAAGCUUGCAACUUUCUUUAUUAAUGAACACACAAAUGAUCAUAAUGGGUUGCAACUUGAAACGCUAAUGGACAGGGUUGAUUCUCAAAGCUCUAACCUGCCCACAGCAGACGAAGUACUGGAAUCCUGGAAGGAAAGCAGGAAGAAGGAUGGGAUAUUCUUCCCCUUUCAACUUGGCCGGAAAUGAGUUAAAAGUCUCAUUGUUUGUUGGACAUCAGUUAUAGGAGACAUCGUUACAUGGCUAAUAGAUAGGUCAAUUAGCUGAUUUGAUGUUCAACGUUGGCAGAUUUUUGUUAGGGACAAUUUAUAGCCAUUACCGUCGCUGAUGGCUUCUCGCUGGCACUAAAUGGCCUGUAAGGGUAGUGGAAAGCUGUAUCUUAGUUUAUGUCCAAAUUUGUUUGUAUUCCUGUAUAUAUUCAGCUAACACUCCGUCCGAAACAGUUUCUACAAGGGAAAAUAAGAAAAAGGAAUAUGCGUUUCACUA